GAAAGAGAGUGAUGCGAGCCCCGCCCCCGUGGGCCGAUCUGUCCGCUGAUUGGCUGAGAGCAGUCUCGUGUCAUCGGUCUAUGAUCGGCGGAUCGCGCGCUGCUCUCGGAUGAAACAGUGUUGCGCGCGUUCGUGAGAGUCCGACUGAAGAUGACGCGUGAACGCGGAGCUGCGGCCAAAGCCAAACUCACUCAUCCUGGAAAAGCCAUCCUGGCAGGUGGAAUCGCAGGCGGCAUUGAAAUCUGCAUCACGUUUCCUACAGAGUAUGUGAAGACUCAACUACAGCUAGAUGAGAGAGCCAAUCCACCACGAUACAGAGGAAUCACGGACUGUGUGUCUCAGACGGUCCGUCAUCACGGAGUGAAGGGUUUAUAUCGAGGCCUCAGCUCGCUGCUGUACGGAUCCAUCCCUAAAUCUGCCGUCAGGUUCGGUGUGUUUGAGAUACUCAGUAACCAGAUGAGAGACGACGCUGGGAAGCUGGACAGCACUCGAGGGUUAAUCUGUGGUUUGGGAGCCGGCGUGAUGGAGGCCGUGCUGGUCGUCUGUCCCAUGGAGACCAUAAAGGUCAAAUUCAUCCAUGAUCAAACCUCAGCUAAUCCCAAAUACAGAGGCUUUUUCCACGGAGUGCGCGAGAUCGUCAGAACUCAAGGAAUCAGAGGGACGUAUCAAGGCCUCACAGCCACGGUCCUCAAGCAGGGAUCCAAUCAGGCGAUCCGGUUCUUCGUCAUGACCUCUCUGAGGAACUGGUACAAGGGUGAAGAUCCCAACAAACCCAUCAACCCCAUCAUCACAGGAGCGUUCGGAGCGAUGGCUGGAGCGGCCAGUGUGUUCGGGAACACGCCGCUGGACGUCAUCAAGACCAGGAUGCAGGGUUUGGAAGCUCAUAAAUAUAAAAACACCAUUGAUUGUGCCAUGAAGAUCAUGCGACAUGAAGGACCAGCAGCGUUUUAUAAGGGCACGGUCCCACGGCUCGGACGAGUGUGUUUGGACGUGGCCAUCGUCUUCAUCAUCUACGAGGAGGUAGUGAAGGCCCUAAACAAAGUCUGGAAGACGGAGUGAACGAAUGAAGAGAAGAGAAGAGAAGAGAAGAGAAGAGAAGAGAAGAGAAGAGAAGAGAAGAGAAGAGAAGAGAAGAGACACUGUGAUCGAGCUGUUUGAUUUCAUCCCAUUAGUUCUGCUUUUAAACAUGCACAUAAUAUACAAAAUAUAUAUUUUAAUAUCAUAGAACCGCUCUGAAAUACUUUUAAACUGUAUUCAUAUUAACAUAAGAUAUUGUAAGUGCCAAAUUUAACAGAUUUUGUUUAUUGAUAAAAAUAUUUAAUAAAGAGCAAACAAACACAAACACACAUGAACGCCGUGAGCCAGAGAAGUCAUUUAGAGAAAAGUGUGACAUAAACAUGUUUUAACCAGAGAGAAUCUUUAAAAACAAGUGGGAAUAUUUACAUAAUGGGCAUAUAUGAAUAUUUAUUGAUAUAUUUACAUAAAAAGAGAAAUUCCAUAAUAAUGUACGAAAAAUUAUUAUUAUUAUUUUUUCUGACGUUUCUACUUAAAAUAUGUUUUUUUUUUUUACAUUUUAUCUAAGGCUAAUAUUUUUACAUUUGUAAAAUCAUUUUUAUGAAUUAUUUUGAAUAUAUUUUAUAUUUAUUUUUCUGUUGCACACGUGCCUUUAACCAGUAAACUCUUACAUUUAUUUUUCUGAACGACACAAGCAGACAUAUUUAAUAAUUCCUUUGUUGUUUUUGAAGCAUAAUUUGUGGUCCUGACCCGCUGUAUGAACUGUGUUGGGAAUAUAGAUGGAGUGAAUGUCAGAUACACACACGUGCUGUAAAUGCGAGCCCUGGAUGGAUGAUUUAAGUGUGUUUUCUGUGUGAACCCUUCAGUUUUGCAGCAUGAAUCUCCAGCUCUGUGUGUGUCAGCAUGUGUAUGAGGUGAAACAGUGUGAUGCAUCUGUUAUUGAUCAUGUUGAUUGAUCAGAAUCAGCCGGAGAGAUGUUCAUGUGUCUGGAUGGAGCUCGUGCUUCAGUGUUGAUCUCUGUGUGUGUUUUUGGGCUCCUUAGAAAUA